AAAGUACCUCUACCCUCCAUAGAUCAAAGUUUGUUGUGAGCAAAGUUUACUGUAUUUAGAAGUUUUGUUGUGGUUUUUAUUAAUUUUAUAGUAUGUGUUAUCAGCAUCGUGUAUGCUAAUUCACAAAACAGUGAUAACAUUGCGGUUGUUCUUAGCAUAUAUUUUAAUCUAUAUUUACAUUAUAAAUAACUUCUUUUAAAAUGUCGGAGUUCGGUCGGGAGCAUCCAAGAAACCUAAUACCAGAACUAUGCAAUCAGUUCUACCAUUUGGGAUGGGUCACUGGGACAGGAGGUGGAAUUUCUAUCAAAGAUGGGGAUAUUUUCAGAAAUAAAAUCUACAUUGCCCCAUCCGGAGUCCAAAAAGAAAGAAUGAAGGCAGAUGAUUUGUUUGUACAGAAUAUAUAUGAUGAAGAUUUGGAACUGCCGCCUGCAGAAAAGAAGCUUAAAAAAAGUCAGUGCACGCCACUAUUCAUGUUAGCGUAUAGAGAACGGAACGCUGGAGCGGUCAUACACACACACUCCCCGCAUGCUGUCAGAUGUACCCUGCUCUACGACAAGGAGUUUGUUAUCACACACCAGGAGAUGAUCAAAGGUAUAAAGGACGCGACACUCGAACGCUAUCUCAGAUACGACGAGAAGUUAAUAGUUCCUAUAAUAGAGAACACUCCUUUCGAGAAAGAUCUCGCGGGCAGUUUAGCUGGGGCAUUGCGAGCGUACCCUGGAACGAGUGCUGUGUUAGUCAGACGGCACGGGGUCUACGUAUGGGGCGAUACAUGGCAACAGGCGAAGACUAUGACAGAAUGCUACGAUUACUUAUUCGAAAUGGCUGUAGAAAUGAAGAAACUAGGACUCGAUCCAGCGCUCAACCCGGAAUCAGAGAAGAAUGGAGAAAAGUAGUGCAAAAAACACUAUAAUUUUACAUAAUUGCCAUUUAAAAAAAGACUUAUUAUACUAUAAGAUGCAUUUCCACCAGAGAUCAGGGAUUUUGCUGCGCGAUUCAAUAAAUUUUCCAACAAGUUGCCAACUCGUAGUCGAAACAAACAAAACGUAUAAAUUUGUUUAUACCGAGACCAUGUUACAUUGAAACAGCGUGGUUGGUCUAAGCUCUAAAAUUUGUGGUAGUGAUGUACGAAUUUGUAUGGACAGGUUUGGUAACUACAAAACUGUCGGAUUAACGAUACCUUCUUCUAAAGUUACGUAUAUAAAAGUAUACUUCCUACACGGCAGCGAACGUAGUUAAGACGCCUUGACUGGGUUAUCUAAUAUCUCAAAUAAUCCAUAAUGUUAAAUCAAUGUUAUAUAUACAAAGUUAUUUUUGUAGACUUUAAUUAAAAAUAAAACCACAAAAAUGAU